AUGCCACGUGGAGGGCGAGGAGGCAACGCCCCUCCCAGGCGCAUGGUUGACCUUACCGGCAUCAUUUCCAGUACCGAAAGGUCAGACCUGAUUAUUCUCGUCACGGCCAUUACUGAAAAGAUGUAUCGAGACAUCAACGGCCUCUUUGAUUCGCCCCCGAUUCCAUACAUGGAAGGUGAAGGUCGGGACCGAAACUGGCUGGCUCUGGCUCUCCGUGAGCAGCAGAGCAGCGACAAGGAAAAUGCGGUGCCCCCCAAGACUUUUGCAAACAGACCCGUCGGGUCUGCAGUAAGGAAGCCUUCUCUACAUGAAGAAGAGGACGACGAGACUCCGCCACAGUUGCAAGAGCUAAGAAGAGAGGCCGUUGCAUUCUUCCGCAAGUGGCAGUCUUCUCUCCUUCAGCGUGUGAAAGAACUGGCCGUGACAACCGUUGAAGAAGACGUUGCCUCUCGCGGUCGAGGAAGAGGUUCGCGAGGUGCACCACGCGGCCGUGCAGAACGUGGAGGACGAGGAGGACGUGUACGAGGAGGAAGGCCCAACGGUCGUGGAGGCAUCCCUACCACCGUUGUACCAAAUGGGUUGCCUCGAACGCCAUCCGAACAUGUCGACCCCAUUCUCGUUCGGCUUUAUCCCGCCAUUCCGAAUAAUCUAUGGCCGCUACCCUUUGAAAGACGGAAACUGCUACUGCAUAUCAUGCUCCUCGUUGUGUUAUCGCUUCACGACUACAAUGCCAACGCGCGAUUGCUUCUCGUCAAUUUAACUUCAUCCUUGAACCUGCCCAUCAAAAUACACAACCAGGACGAAGUGCGAAUUGCCAAAGGUCUGGCAGCCGCCGCCAUCGAAAUAAGUCCGGAAAAAGCGGCAGCACAAAAGGAAGAAAAUAAACUUACCAAAAGAUGGAAGUUUAGCCUUGGUGGGGCGAGCAUGGGCGGCAAUGGCCUCGCCAGAGCCCUUGUCGGCGUUGGUGUUGGCUCCGAGGGUAGUGGCCUGACAACAUCGGCCGCUGCAGGUCUCUUGGGAAUCAUGUCCGAAAACGGCUUGCUAAUGGGCUCGCUGUUUGGUAUGAACCCCGCCAAGCCAGUCGAAAAGAUGGUCGAAGGUUUCUUGCGCGAGGUUCAGGACUUUUCGUUCCUGUCCAUCACGGAAACUGGAGAUGCCGGCUACAUGGACCCUAGACAGUCACUGCCCCGGGAGCGGCGACUGCGAAUCGUCAUUGCGCUGGGGGGCUUCAUGCUCAAGGGCGAUGCGGUUACGACGCCAUGGAGCUCUCUAGGCCGACAGGCGGAAGUGUACGUGCUGCAGUGGGAGCUCGCCGCUGUUGCGAGCCUUGGUAAUGCCCUCGAGACUGUUAUUGGCAGUGGUGCGUGGCUCGCUGCCAGGGAACAGAUACAAAAGGACUCAAUCUUCCACUGUUUACUGAACUCGAAGUGGCCCGAGCCGUUGCUCAAAAUCAGCAAGAUUAUUGACAACCCCUGGAGUGUCGGCAUGGUGCGUGCCGAAAAGGUUGGGACUAUUCUUGCUGAUGCCAUUAUGCGCCACAAGUUCCACGGAGAGCGCGCAGUAUCUCUUGUCGGCUAUAGCCUUGCCGCAAGGGCGAUAUAUGCGUGUCUCAUGGUUCUUGCCGAGCGUCGUCAGUUUGGCCUGGUUGAUUCCGUCGUCAUGAUGGGUACCCCUGCACCGUCAGAUAGCAAGGUAUGGAUCACUCUGAAGAGUGUAGUUUCGGGUCGUCUGAUCAACGCAUACACGGAACAAGACUACCUUCUUGGGUUCCUCUAUCGCACGUCAAACACCCAUUCCGGCAUUGCGGGACUGCAGGAGAUUCAAGGCGCAGGUGGUGUCGAGAACCACCACGUCAAGCAUUUGCCAAACGGUCAUUUGUCGUACCAGAACUUGGCUGCCCAGAUUCUGAAGGACGUUCGAUGGGAGCACGACUCGUUUACCUAA